AUGAAAACUCAUCUUCUCGCAGUUCCCUCAAAGCGAUCCGAGGAAGUCAAUUGGUUGAAACCCUUGAGCAACUACUUGCUUUCUACUUAUGGUUCCACCAGUGAAUACACCGAAGACCUCACAGCCUUCAACAAGUUGAGACAGGACAUUCGUGGAGUGAAUGCUGAUAACACGGGAAUCAACCUAUACUACAAGUACUACAGCCAGCUUGAGCUACUCGACUUGAGGGUGCCCUUCAAUGUAGUUAACGCAAGUAAGAAGAUCAACUUCACGUGGCACGAUGCCUUCCAACCCUCAUUGGUUAAUAAGCAAGGAGCCUUGCCGUUUGAGAAGGCCAACGUUCUCUUCAACCUAGGAGCUCUUUUGUCAGAGUAUGCCAAAGUAAGAUAUGAAGAGUCUCAACGCAGUGUUGCUGGAACGGAGGAGGCUUCUACGAAGGAGGCUAUCCAGCUCUUUCAACAGGCUGCUGGAAUCUACCAGUUUUUGAACGAAAACUUUCUCCAUGCUCCCUCCCUAGACUUGAACCAGUCUACAGUUAAGUUUUUGGUCAAAUUGAUGUUGGCUCAGGCGCAGGAAGUUUUUGUUUUGACGGUUAUAACCGGCGAUCUUGAAGGAAAGAAGAACUCUUUGGUAUCAAAAUUGUGUCGUAGUGCCUCCGUUCAUUACGAGGAAUGCCACAAUAUGACUUCGUACAUAUCCAGUUUGGGAAGCAACUUCGACGAUUUCGCAGUGGUGGACUCGGAAGACUUAGAAGAAGAUUUUUUGGAUAAACCGGAUGACUCUGACGAGACUACAGAAGCCAGCACUUCCCAUGUUCCUGCCAAGCUUGAUGCUUCAUGGAUUGCUACCGUCACCUUGAAAAUGCACUAUUACAAGUCGUUGUCGUACUACUACAAUGCCAUGAACUUGGAGGCCGGAAAAAAAUAUGGUGAUGCAUUGGCUUACUAUACGAAAUCGCAGGAUAUUCUUCACGAGAUCAACAGCACCUUGUUGAGAAAUAUCUCCAAAGCUGGCUCUAAUGAAGCAUACGAGAUUUUAGACAACUACAAGUACCAAAAAGAUGCUGUAGGAAUCAAAUUAACUGAUUUGACAAAGGAUAAUGACUUAAUCUACCAUGAAAUAAUACCAUCUUUGGUGACCUUGCCAGACAUCAAGCCAUUGGAUAGUACAAAGGUCAUCCCUAUAACUCAGAAUACGACGUUCCAGGAGAUAAAUGACCACAACUAUAACAAUUUCAUGAGCAAUGUUGUUCCCGUGAAUAUCCACGAAUUGUCCAGUUUUUACUCUGAAGAAAAGUCACAGUUCCUUAGGAACGAGUUGGAUGCUGUUGAUGUUUCGAAUGAGGAGAUUUCGUCUGUUUUGGAAUACUUGAAAUUGCCUAAGGCCUUGGUAACUAUCAAGGAAUUGAUAAAUAGCACAGAAAACUCUGACACAGACUCAAGUGGUAGUUCUAUCGACCCCAAAAUUGAAGCCAUCGCCAAUGAAAUCUCGUCGGAGUAUGCCAAUGAUCAAUUGAAUAGGCAAAAAAUUUCCCAACUUAGGAAGGAAAUCUAUGAAAAUAUUUCACAGAGCGAAGAAAUAGCUUCCAAGCAGGUUUCAGAGUCGUUGACUAGUUUUAAGAUGGAUCUUGUGAAGAUCAAGAAAUCGCUAUAUGAUGCCACUAAUUCGGAUAACCAACUUUUCGGCUUAAUCAAUGACGACUCUCAAAGUUUGUAUGCUCUUUUGGGAAAGGGUUCGAAUUCCGAAGAGCUCAAGAAUCUCUUCAAGACUUCUUCUGAUAAGUCACAAGCUUCGAAGCCGGACAUCAGUUUGCUAGACAUGAUAGAUACAGAAGUCAAGUCACCUAAAGACCAGAUUCUCUCGCAAAUCAAAGUCUUGGAAGAUAUAUUGCACGACUUAAAUGUGAUCAAAGCCAACAAGACCAAGUUAGUUGAGACGUUGAAGAAGGAAAUUCAUAAUGACGAUAUUUCAGACAUUUUGAUUUUGAAUAGCAAGAUGAAGUCUACAAAUGAAAUCAAAACACUUAUAUUCCCAGAAGAGUUGAAGAAAUUCCAGCCAUACAACGAAGAGUUAGAUAAGUUGAUCCAGAAGGAAAAGUCCUUUGUCAAUGAUUUGAGGACCGAAUGGGGCAAACUUUCUUCUGAUCCUGAGAUCAAAAAUAUCCAAUCAUCGAAGGCAUCCAAAGAUCAAUUGGUAGCUAGUCAAAGUGCAAGAAUCACCUCUUUCUACAACGACUCCUGGAAAAAGUAUUCUUUGGGUUUGAAGAGAGGUUCUCAAUUCUAUGCUGGUUUACUAGAUUCGGCCAUUAAUUUGAAAGGAAAUAUCCAAAACGAAGCUGACCGAGCUGCUAUUAAACCAAGGUCAUCGUUGACUAGUAGUUUCGAUGGUUUAAGUUUGAACCAACAGCCACCUCUACCACCCCAACAACAUUAUCAGCAACAACCUCAGCAGCAAACCCCGUCAGCAGCUCCGGGUCAGUAUGAGUAUUUUGAUCGUUACUCAGCACCUCAGCGACAGAAUACACAGCCUUUGGCAGCACAAGCUCCGCAGCGUAGUUCAACUGGAGGAAGUUUUGCUGGUUAUUCUGAAGCUUCUACUGGUGGAUACCAUAGAGCUCCUCCCGUUCCACCAAAGAAUAUCGACCAGCAACCACUGGGUGGACGUUCUGCGCCUCCUUUGCCUCCACAGAUUCCACACUAUGGCCAGCCAUCACAAUUCCAUUCAUAUGCUUACCAACAGCAGCCUUCUCAGGGCAACGGAGGAAACGACCCCAACAACCCUAACGGUAGCAACUUGAUCUACGACCAGCCUUCGAAGUACCUGCCAAAUAUGUACAAUUUCUUUUCCAACAAUUAG